CCGGGCCGACGACACGAGAGUGUGCGACACGGAGGGUUUGACCGCUUCCCGGGGAUCCGAGGGUCUGGGCCGGAGGGAAGGGGCGGCUGCCCCGGAAUGGGCGCUCCCCUAGGACGUGGAGUUCUAGGUUUCCCGGGGGAGGAGGCCGUGACAGCCCCUGCGCGGACGUGCAGUGUCCCGUCCUCCCCUCUCCACACCCCAGCACCCCUUCGCCCUCCCCAGGUUCCAAACGUGACUCUGAACGUCCCUGAGGGCCUUGCUCUGUGAUCUGAGCGUGUGAGGCUUCCCCUCGGUUCUGCUCUGCGGAGUCACGCAGCGUCGUGCAGGAUAAGCGUGCCGGGGGUAUGUCCCGCUGCCUCGAUUGCCAGAGGAAGAGACUGGGCCUGAGAAGGGGGGUGACAUGUCCAAGGUUACCAGGACUGUAGGUGGGAUUGCUAACGGGACUCGGACUCCCGGGCCAAGUGUUGUGUCCACUGUAUUACCGUUUUCUCAAUAAAAAAUUCUAAGUGCAGUGAGAGAAAAACCGAAACCGUGCCUUGAUGGACAUUUAUCCCAUUUUUGAGCGCUCAUAGUCCGUGUUCCUGUGGAUUCUUUGAUUUUCAGUAUUCUAAAGAGACAAUGAGAAAAUAUGUAAGCAGUGUAACGGGAAUUUUUCCCCCUUUUACUUAAUGGUAGUAAACUGAAACAGUAGUCAAUGUUUAUGUUCUCCAGUGAGAGGAACCCCUCCAAAGCCCCCGACUGUGUGGGAGUUACAGCGGUUUCGGUGUUUCUCCUGUACCCACCCCACCCCCACUUCUGAGUGUUCACAGGGUGUCCUUUUAUAGAGCUCUCUUUAGUGGUUUUAUGCAGGAGGUUCCUGCCUAGGCAGGCCAGAUUCCUUAUGAUUUCAAUUAUUUUCUUCUUUCCUAGGUCCACUGUUAACAGUCUCUACACUUUUCCAAGAGCAGCAGAAAAUGCAUGAAUCCCAGGAGCCAGUGUCGUUCCUGGACGUGGCAGUGGACUUCACCCAGGAGGAGUGGCAGCAGCUGGACCCUGUGCAGAGGACAACCUACCGGGACGUGAUGCUGGAGAACUACAGCCACCUGGUUGCCUUGGGGUACGAUAGCGCCAAACCAAACGUGAUCGUCAAGCUGGAGCAGGGAGAAGAGCCGUGGGUAGCAGAAGGUGACCUCCCAUGUCGGAGUCGUCCAGAAGAAGUCUGGCAAGUUGAUGACAUGAUAGACAGAAUCCAAGGAAAUGGAGAUGAAUGUUCAAGGCAAGCUGUUUAUCUCAACAACAAAACCCUGACUGAGGAGAGAGAGAAUGCAUUUGAAAAAAGUUAUAAUGCAGAAACAAGCCCUAUUCCUUCAAGCGUAUCUCAUAAUUGUGUCUCAUGUGGAAAGCAUUUAGAAUCUACUUCAGAAUUAAUUAUUAGUGAUGGAAGCUAUGCAAGAAAGAAGCCUGAUGAGUGUACUGAAUGUGGGGAAACUUAUCAUGGAGAGAAAUCCUAUGAACUUAGUCAAAAUGGGGAAGGCUAUUCUCAAAGCGAAGAAGGUAUUCUUCAGAAAAUUAAUAUUUUGGAGAAACCAUUUGAAUAUAAUGAAUGCAUGGAGGCCUUAGACAAUGAAGCUGUUUUCAUUACCCCUAAGAGGGAUUAUACGGGGGAGAAGCCCUAUGAGUGGAAUGAUUCUGGAUCAGAGUUCCUCCAGAUGUCAAACUUUAAUGUGUACCAGAGAUCACAAAUGGAAUUAAAGCCCUUUGAAUGCAGGGAAUGUGGAAAAUCCUUCUGUAAAAAGUCAAAAUUUAUUAUACAUCAGAGGGCUCAUACAGGAGAGAAACCUUAUGAAUGUAAUGUGUGUGGGAAAUCCUUCAGCCAAAAGGGAACCCUCACAGUACAUCGGAGAUCACACUUAGAGGAGAAGCCCUAUAAAUGUAAUGAGUGUGGGAAAACCUUCUGUCAGAAGUUACAUCUCACGCAGCAUCUGAGAACUCACUCAGGAGAGAAGCCCUAUGAAUGUAAUGAAUGUGGGAAGACCUUCUGCCAGAAGACACACCUCACUCUACACCAGAGGAAUCAUUCAGGAGAGAGGCCAUAUCCAUGUAAUGAAUGUGGGAAGUCAUUCUCCCGCAAGUCAGCCCUCAGUGACCAUCAGAGAACGCAUACAGGAGAGAAACUUUAUAAAUGUAAUGAAUGUGGGAAAUCCUACUACCGAAAAUCUACCCUUAUUACACAUCAGAGAACACACACAGGAGAGAAACCCUAUCAGUGCAGUGAGUGUGGAAAAUUCUUUUCUCGGGUAUCGUACCUUACUAUCCAUUAUAGAAGUCAUUUAGAAGAGAAGCCCUAUGAAUGUAAUGAAUGUGGCAAAACCUUCAAUUUAAAUUCAGCCUUUAUUAGACAUCGGAAAGUACACACAGAUGAGAAACCCCAUGAAUGUAGUGAAUGUGGAAAGUUCUCUCAGUUCUCAUAUCUCACUGACCAUCGUACAACUCCUUUAGGAGAAAAACCCUAUGAAUGUAGUGAAUGUGGGAAACCCUUUCUUGAAAAUUCAGCAUUUGAUGGGCACCAGUCACUUCCAAAAGGGGAAAAAUCCUAUGAAUGUAAUAUAUGUGGAAAAUUGUUCUCUGAGUUGUCAUACUACACGGUACAUUAUAGAAGUCAUUCAGAAGAGAAGCCCUACGGAUGUAACGAAUGUGGAAAAACCUUCUCCCAUAAUUCAUCCCUCUUCAGACAUCAGAGGGUACAUACAGGAGAGAAACCUUAUGAGUGUUAUGAAUGUGGGAAGUUCUUCUCUCAGAAGUCAUAUCUCACUAUACAUCAUAGAAUUCAUUCUGGAGAGAAACCCUAUGAAUGUAGUAAAUGUGGAAAAGUCUUCUCUCGGAUGUCAAACCUGACCGUACACUACCGAAGCCAUUCAGGAGAGAAACCUUAUGAAUGUAAUGAAUGUGGGAAAGUCUUUUCUCAGAAGUCGUACCUCACUGUACAUUACAGAACUCAUUCAGGAGAGAAGCCCUAUGAAUGUAAUGAAUGUGGGAAAAAAUUCCACCACAGAUCAGCCUUCAAUAGCCAUCAGAGAAUUCAUAGGAGAGGCAAUAUAAAUGUACUUGAUGUGGGAAGUCUCCUGUGAAGUGAAAUCUCAUUUUAGAAAACCCUCUGAAUACAAUGAUUUGAAGUCAUAUGUCAUGGGAUGAGAGUUCAUGUUUCUGAAUGGGGAGAGAGGCAUUUAGGCAUUAGAUUCAUUUUAACCUGAAUUUUCACAGAGAGGAGUCCCUCAGCAACAAGAAGCAAAACCUUCAACAAGACCCUACAACUCGUUGGACACUAGAUAAUUUUUACAAGAGAAACUUUAUAAAUAUUUAAUAUUUAUUUUGGAUUCAAGUCGUAUUUACAUAUCAGGGAAUCAUACCAAGGCAAAAUCUGUUAAAGUGAUAAAUGUGGAAAAAUGUAUUGCCUUGGAAAUUGUUAUACUAAAAGCCAUAUUUCUGAUGUAAAGUCACAUGUUUAUAAGAAAGAUUUCAGAAGUUAUCAGCUCUGAAUAAACCUUCAUUGUAUAAAAUGAAGUUUCAAAUCAUCAGGAGUUGAUGAGGUCAGUAGCAUUAAAAACCUAUAUGGAAGUUUCUAUUGUUUUUAAAAUGCAAUCUAACAAUUCUAUGCAAGUUUGGAUUUGAAUAAUUCGUGAAAAGACAGUAUUCUUAUUUGAAUAUUAAGAUGGCAAAACAUACCAACCCAAGAUAUAUUGUUGGUGAGCUGUUUGACAGGUACAAAAUAGUUAAAUACAUAAUUUCCUAUUCUUUAGAGACAUUUACAAACGGAUUUCUAAUAAAUGCCUCAUCAAUAGGGGAGACUGAUUUUUGUAUUUUCAACUUCAUUUGAGCAAAAAAAGAUUUUAAAACAUGCUAUUUUCAUAAACUAUGCAUAGGUAAUUUGGAACUAAAUCUUUUUCAGUGACAAAGGACAAUUGUAUUAAUUUUCUAUCAAAUAUGCUCAGCUCCCUUACCACUCUUGUUUUUUAACCCAUAAGUUUGUGCAGUGCGCCAAUAUUAUGUAAUUCAGAACUUUUAUCUGUAUUUUAAUAUGAACAGUGUCAUUAUUUUGUGCACUGCCCUUUAUUCCCAGUAUUUUGGAACAAAUUAAUACAAGUUCCCAGCAGACAUUUUUGAGUGAUUAACUCGAUGUCAUUUCACCCCUCUUUUUUUGCUGGAAGAAUUUGAGUAUCUGUCAUUUCUUUACAUGAUUCAGAGGGUAAAUCCUGAUUAAUCUAAACCAAUCAUGAUAAUUUCAUUCUGAUUGUUGGCAAUUUUUAUAUACGUCACGUGACCCAGUCCUGGGCAAACAAAAAUGAUCAAAUGUGUCUUACUCCAGGAAUAUGAGUGUUUGUUUUAGUUAUUGUUUAAAAAAAUCACUGUAAUACCUCACUUGAAGAAAAGUAAUCUAAGGGGCAGGAAACUAAUAUAGUAAAAUCACCAUCCAUUUAUAUUCUUAAUAAACUAUAGAUAGGAACUUUCUUAAUUGGAUAAAGAGUAUUUUAAACUAUAAUCAACAGCAUACCUAAUGGCGAAGUAUUGAAAAUUUCUCCCAAGAUCAAAAAAAUAGACAAUGAUACCUGCUAUUACUAAUUUUAUUCAGUACUGUGCAGAAGGAUCUAACCAGGAAAGUAGGGGGAGAAAAACAAUCAAAAGACAUAAAGGAUCAGAAAGAAUUAAAACUCUUAUUUGCAGAUGACAUGACUUUGUACAUAGAAAAUUCUGAGGAAUAUACAGGUAAUUCAAUUUAAUGAAUAAAUUUAACAAGGUCACCACAUAGGAGUUCAUUACGAAAAAAUUGGUUUUUUAAAAUAUACCAGCAAUGAACAGAGAAAAUGAAAAAUUUAAAAGCAAUACCACUUGAAUAACAUAAAAAAUCCUUAAGUGCCUAGGGAAAAAAAUUAACCAUGUUUUCAAGAAAUUUAUCCAGGAAAAAAAAAAAAAUUACAAAACCGAGAGGGACAUAUUUUGUUCAUGGAUUCCAGGACAAUCUUUAAAGAUACCAAUUCAUAUAUUAAGUGCAAUGUUAAAGUCCUAGUACUUUAAAUGAAAUUUAGCUAAUUCUAAAAUUCAUGUGAAAAUUCAAAAGACCAGUAAUAGUCAAGGCCAUACGCUAGAAUAGACAGAGCAAGAGGUCUUAUAUUGCCAGAUACCAAGACCUGCAGUAAAGCCAUAGUAGUUAUGAUGGUGCGAUAAUGGCACAGAGAUAAAUUGAUCAGAGGACAGAACAGAUUCCAGAAACACCCAUGUAUAAUACUGUCAGUUGAUUUCCAAUGAAAGUGAAAGUGCAGUGUCAUUCAGGAAAAGAUGUUCUUUCCAAUAAAUGCUCUUUUAUGUUUCAUAAUUUGAUAGAAAAUAGAAAAAUCAAUUGAGAUGAAUUGCAGAUCUAAAUACAAACUACAAAACAAAGCUAUACGAAGGAAACUUAGGAAACUGUAAGCUUAUAGACAAAAUUUUCUUAAGACUCAAAAAGUACUAAACCAUAAAAUAGAAUAUGUUCAUUUGGAUUUAUUAGGUUUUAAAAUUUAUCUAAAAGACACCAUUAAGAAAUCAAGCAAACCGCAGAGAGGGCAGAUAUUCACAGUACGUACAUGUGACCACAAGCCUGAGUGUGCAAGGGCCAGUGCAUGUUUCUGGUAAGGGGCCAGGCAGUAUUUGAGGCUUUGCAGGCUACACAGCCUCUGUCGCAGCUACUCAGCUUUGCCAUUGUUUGGUGAAAACCAUAUACCACGACAGAUGAACGUGGCUAUGUCCCAAUAAAAAUUUAUUCACAAACACUGGUGGCAGUCUGGAUUUGGCCUGCAGGCCAUAGUUGCUGACCCCUGAUCUAAACUAUAAAAAGAACACCUACAAAUCAAGAAAGUAGGAAGUGAGUUAAAGUCUUGGCCAUCCACUUCACAAAAGAGGAUAUCCAGAUGGCCAAGAAACAUGAAAAGGUAUGUUAAUUUUUAUUGGCAAUCUGGGAAAUGGAAAUUCUUAGGAUACCAUGUGGUUCUACUACACUCACUGAAAUGGUUAGAAUGAAAAGCACGAAAAAUCAAGUUUUGGCAAGAAAGUAAGCAACAGGAAGUCUACAUUGCUGAUGAUGUUGCCAGUUGAUAAUCAUUUUGGAAAGCUGGCACUUAAAGUUUAACGUGUAUACCUUUGGACCCAAAGCUAGCAGAAACGCUUGUAUGUAUCCAUCAUACACGCAUACGGCCACCAAAGGACAUGUGCCAGAACAUUCGUAAUGUAAAAUGGCAAAACAAAUAUCUGAAGGCACGUGCGCAGUAAAUGAACGUAAGUGAUAUGUUUCCACUACAGAAUACUGGAAAGCAAAGAGAAUGAAUGAAUAAUAACACAGCUCAAUUUCACAGACAGUGCUGAAUGAAGGAAUCCAGACACACAAGCCAACCGUACAUGAUCCCAUCUAUGUGCAGUGUAAGAAAAGGCAAAACUUGUCUAUGCAGUGAGAAAUCAGGAUGGUGAUCAACCUUGGCAAAGGCUGAACAGGGGUAUUUAACUGGUGCUGGUAAUAUUUCUGAAUCUGGGUGCUGAAUAUCUGAGUGUUCUGUGCACUUAAGGUGUUUUUCUGCAUGUAUAUUAUACUUUCAUAAAGUUUCUUUUUAAAUCGCAAAUGUCUACCAUUUUUGUUGCUCCACACUCUUUUGCCAUAUUUUUCUAGGUGUGUAUAAAUAUGCUACCUACCUAACAGGAAUUAAGUGGUAGAUUUUGCAUAAUUCUGUGCAGGAAAUACUCUUUAUAGUAGUUUUAAUGGUAACUGCUAACAUUUCCUACACUGUGACCUUAAAGCUUAAUAUAAUGUAUAUUUUAAGUAAAAUAUUUGAAAGGUGAUGGGGCCAUUGCAUAUUUUGUCAUCCUACCCUUUUGCAUAUAUAAACUGGUCUGCACUGCCUCUUCAAUAAAGAACUAAUGUGUAUAAACAUUUCA